AUGAAACUUCUAUUGCCAUCACAGAGGAUUCCAACUUUUUUAGGAUCAACUGGAAUUUCUUAUAAUCGUAAUUAUCCAUUAUGCCAAUUAGCAGAUGUUCUAUUUCCAUUAUUUGGUAAAUAUUAUACAUAUGCUAGUUUAUAUGAAACGAUUGCUAGUGCUAAUCAUAUUUGGUGCGCAUAUGAAAAUGGUAAAUGUAUUGGAUGUGCGUUGAUUACUGAUGUGGGAUCCAAUCGUGGACUUUACAUUAUGCUAUUUGGAAUAACACAAUCAGCACAAGGUCGUGGAAUUGGUAAACGCUUAUUAGAAAGCAUUAUAAUAUGGUCUAGUAGUCAUAAAUAUAGAUUUAUAUAUUUGCAUACGGAAUACGAUAAUAAAAAAGCUAUUGGAAUGUAUCAAAAAGCAGGUUUCAGGAAACAAUUUUAUCAGCCCGGUUAUAUGGACGAAUUGCCACAAUUUGGCUCUGACGUUCUUCCGAUGGUAUUAUUCUUAGCUUGA